AUGGGGCGUAAGGAGCUGGCUGCUGUUGAGGCUGCAGCAGCACUGAAGAGGGCGCUAACGUAUUUUGUAUUGGAAGCAGCACCUCCUGCUGCUGCUGCUGCUGCUGCUGUUGUUGCUGCAGCAGCAGCAGCAGCAAGAGGGGGAGGAAAGCAACGGCCAGGCGGUACGAUGGAUGGCACUCUACCACACAGCAGCAAAACAGGGCCAGUUGCUGCUGUCAAGCUGCUGCAGCAGCCCCAAAAGAAACAGCAGCAGCAGCAGCAGCAGCAGCAGCAGCAGCAGGUUGGCGGUGAUGAUGCUGCAGGCGGGAUCAUAGAGAGCGGCGACGCACUGGGUUCCCGCAUGCGCACGAGCGCCAGCAGCAGCAGCAGCAGCAGCAGCAGCAGUCGUAGCAGCAGCAGCAGCAACAGCAGCAGCAGCAGCAGCAGCAGCAGCAAGUGUUUCGAUAGUUUAUUGUGCGUUCGUUUGGGGCUGCUGGAUGCAGUGGUGCAGCUGCACGACGUCGAUGCAGCAGAAAGACAGGCAGCCGUCAGCAGCAACCACUUUGCUGCUCUCCUCGCAUGCAACAGAGCCGUCGUCACCUGGGCCUCCUCUGCUUUCCUGUCUUUCUUGCUGCAGCACGAGGAGGCUUUGGAGGCUGAGUUCCCGCGUGGUUUUGCUGCUGCGUGUCAGCAGCAGCAGGAAGCAAGAAGGAAGCGGGCUCUGUGCGGCGCGGGGGCCCCCGGGGAUGGCGUCGACCCAGGGGGCCCCCAGGGAGGAGAAGAACUACACACCAUCAACAAAACCCUCAACCUGGGGCCCUCCUUUGCUCUUCAUACUUUUGUAUUCGAGGGCCGCCGUCAAGCCCGGGCGCUGCUGAAGCUGCUGCGUGCCUUUAUGAAUCUGCACGAUCAGCUAGAGGCUGCGGGGCCCCCCGCGGGGGCCCCUGGGGGCCCCCCAUCGUACCACUCCUUUGUUGCUGCUGCUGCAGCACACCAGUCGAUAGGCAGCAAGACCAAACACACCAUCAGCAGGAAGACCCUGGGGGCCCCCCUACAGGUGUUUUUGGUGGUGUCUAACUUUAAAGUGAGGGGUGCCCGGGUGACGGACGGCGUCGUCUCCUUCACGGAGACUGUGCUCGCGAGACAGCACCAAACCACACAACGUGUGAAGCGGCUGCGGGUGAAGGGCCUGCUGCUGCCGCAGAGCCAAAAGGAGUUUCUGCGAGCUGUCUGUACACUCGAGAGUGCGGGGGCCCUCGCCGGCUGCUCCGUCUCCUUCAGUUUUAUACAACAACCCCACCCCGGGGCCCCCUUCUAUGAGCACGGCCUCAUGCAUUGCUACCCAGGACAAAGAGUUUGGCGUCACUUUCAUACUUAUGGGGCCCUCCUGGGGGCCCCCCUGUUCAGGGUACUGCGCUGCCUGGUGCCUGACAUGCUGUGGGGGGAGAAGGCGCAGCAGCAGCGGCAGCAGCAGCUGCAGCAGCUUGCACAGGAAGCAGCCAGAGAUGCUGCUGCUGCUGCAGCAGCAGCAACUCACCCUUCACAGCAGCAGCCUUUGUCUCUUCCCUUCGAUAGCAGCCAGGGGGCCCGCGAGGCCCCUCCGGCCCCCACCCUGUUCUACUGCUGCCAGCCAGACCUCCUAGAGCAGCUGCCCCUUCAACAUGCGCAGCUGCUGCAGCAGGCGCCGGUGGAGUGUUUAGUCUCGGGUGUAUACUUUCGUUUUCUUUGUUUGUUUGGGGGCCCCCCUCCCUAUGACGCUAACCUCAGCCCCCUGCUGCGCCCCCCUUGGCUUGCUGCCCUGGGGCCCCUUAAACAUAAACCCCGCGAGCAGCAGAACCAACAACCAGAUGCUGCUGCUUCUCCUGCUGCUGCUGCUGCUCCUGCUCCUGCUGCUGCUGCUGCUGCUGCUCCCUGUACACCCCAACGCUUCAUUUGCUUCGUUACAGGAGACACAAACAACACCGCCAGCAUCGACAGCUGCUCGGGUGGUGUCGAGGGUUCGUUGGUUGCGGUGAUGAGGAUAGCAGCAGAGGAUACCUUCAAGGCAAAGGCCUCUGUCUGUCUCUCUAUCCACCAAACCCUAUCAGCAGCAGCAGCAGCAGCAGCAGCAGCAGCAGCAGCAGGAGCAGCAGCAGCAGGUCCUGCUGCUGCUGCUGCUGCUGCUGCUGGUGAAGGUGCAGCAGGGGGAAGCAGCAGCAGCAGGGUUUGUGGCGGUGGGGGCGUCGAGGUGUUCGCGGUGGUGCUGCAGGACCCCGCCGUGUCUGCUGCUGCUGCUGCUGAAGUCAGGGCGUUGUUGUCUUUGUCUUUUGGUGGGGUUGGUGGUGCUGGUGGUGUUGCUGGUGGUGGGGUUGCUGCUGCUGGGGUGUAUGUACACUUCGUUACAGCUAGCUGGCUAUACCGCUCUGUCCUUGAGGGCACGCUAGACCCCCCAGCUGCGCUGCAGCACCACCUGCAGCUCGAGGGCCUCGCCCCCUGCUGCAUGCGGGGAGAGGUCCCGGGAGCCGUGGGGUCUUCCUUUAUUUGGUUGGCAUCUGCUGAUGACGGCGGAGACAGUCUCUUCUUUGUCUGUGUCUUGUGGGGUGUUUCCGUUUCUAUCAUAGAUUCUCUUUCUCCUGCUGCAGUGCUGCAGCAGCUCCUCACCAUACUGGGGGCCCACCACGCGGACCCCACGAGGGCCCCCCUACAGGGCCUCCAGCACCUGCCUGUCUUUGCUGCUGUCUUGGCCGCAGACACCGCACAAGACUUCAUACAAAUCGACGCACACCAGGGGGGCCCCCAGGGGGGCCCCCAGGGGGCCCCGGCAUCCUCUCCUGGGAGAGGGGGGCCCCCCCUCUUCAGGUCGACUCCAGCAGGGGCCCCGGUACCCUGUGGUAGAGGAGGCCCGCACCCCAGUAAAGUGCAGCAACAGCUACAGCAGCAGCAACAGCAACAGCAGCAGCAACAGAGAUAG